AUGCCAUCACAUAAGUUUGUUCGUGGGAUGCUCUAUCUGUCCCUCACUGUGGUCGGAGUCCCAGGUAACACUGCUGUCAUCCUGGCAUUCCUCCUGAUGCUGUACCAGGAGAAACGGCUCCUCCCAGCCGAUGCCAUCGUCCUGCAUCUGGCCUGUUCAAACCUGCUGGUGGUGGCUAUUCGCUGUCUGCUGGAAACCCUUGCCUCCUUCCAUGUGGCCGAUAUCUUUGACGACAUCAGCUGCAAAUCGGUGAUAUUUGUCUACAGAACCUCCCGCUCCCUCUCUAUCUGGCUCACCUUCGUCCUGAGUGCCUACCAGUGUCUGAGCAUUGCCCCUCCAGGAUCACGCUGGGCCUCCAUGCGUCACUUGAUGGGCAAGUAUUUGGGGGUUGUGUUCUUCCUCCUCUGGCUCAUCAACACCUGCAUGAGCUCAGCACCUGUACUCCUCUCUGGCAGACUGAAUAACUCCACCACAUUAAACUUUGGCAUUAAUGUGCAAUUCUGCUAUGUGAACUUCCCCUCAAAGCUGGCCAAAGAGGCCAAUGGGGCGGCUCAGGUGGGCAGAGAUGUGGUGCCCAUGGCUCUUAUGGCCCUAGCCAGUCUGAUCAUCCUGGUCUUUCUCUACAAGCACAGCCGGCAGGUGAAAGGCCUCCGCAGCAGCAGUGGUGGAGGUGGAGGAGGUGGAGGGGCAGAACAACGAGCUGCUAAAGCUGUGGUAGCACUUGUGACCUUGUACGUGGUCCUCUAUGGGGUCGACAAUGGACUAUGGGUGUACACUCUCACUGUGAGAAAAACCAUGACCACCUCACUGAUCUCUGACCUGCGUAUAUUCUUCUCCUCACUCUAUGCAGCACUGAGCCCUGUGGUGAUCAUUGCAUCGAAUAGAAAGGUGAACAGCAGACUGAGGUGUUCAGUGCAGGAGAAACACGUUCAAGAGAAAGCCACAUCUGUGAUGUGA